CUGUAUGCGUUUCUGCUCGUAGAAGUGAUUUCAAAGGGAGGGCGUUUGUCCUCUGCUUGCCCAGGAUAGUUCUUCAUUUUUCUCCCUUCUUUUGUUAGAACUGUAUUUUCCUUCAGUCAUGAAAGCGAGAUGUGCUUGCUAGGGAUAGGCCUGAAUGUGCUAGUUUGCUCUUGCUUGAUCUGUAAGGGAAGCCAGAACAGUCCAGAAAUAGGCUGCAUGGAGAGGCUGGGAACAGUUCAAGUUGUAAGGAAUUCCAGCUCUAGCUGGAUCUGAAGUCUUUGCCAGCACACUUCUUGUUUUGGCAUCAAAGUCAGGUGGAGAUUUAAACCAUAAAGGAAGGGGAAAGAAGUGGUGAAGGUCACUGUCAGUGGUAAUGUGGUAUAAUCUGAUAAAGAACUUCUGUUCGUUUUUAUUUUUCAGUUUGCUUUCUGUACACUGAUGAUCUUGAUUUUCUUGUUAAGUCUGUAUAGCAUUGUUUUAAUUGAUAUACUUAUGUUUUUUUUCUUUACCCUGAAGUUGUAGUUUGCAUGUUUCUAAUGUCUCAAUAUUCUUAGACAAAUACCUGAAGUAAAUCAGUCCUAAUGUGUGGUGGUGGGGAGGAUAUGCACUGAAUUUUAACCCUGGAAAGAAGACACGUUCUCUUAUCUGUAGGGCUACUUGGAUGAUGCAGAAUAGCCAUCUGAAUUCAAAUAACUUAAUUUCAUUGUUUAAGGAUUCACAAGACUUAGAAAUAAUCUGUGUCUUUUGUUUUAGUAAACUUAUGAUUGGCUUAGGGUUGAGUGUGUAGGUAUAGUUUAUUUUUGUUUGUUUCCAAUAAGCCACGUUUUAAAUACUUUAUAAAACUUGGAUUUUUUUCAGGAACUAACUAGUACAGUGUUAAGGAAUGGAACAUCUGGAAACAGAUUUUUCUUUUCAUUUUUUAAAAUAUUGUAAAAAUAGUCUGCUGUUAAUAAAAGGUCUCAAAUCUGAUUUGCACUUCUAGGUGCAUUUUAACUAUCAGUCAAGAUGGAUAUCCGAGGUGCUGUAGAUGCUGCUGUCCCAACAAACAUCAUUGCUGCCAAAGCUGCUGAAGUUCGGGCAAACAAAGUAAACUGGCAGUCAUAUCUCCAAGGUCAGAUGAUUUCAGGUGAAGACUGUGAAUUUAUUCAAAGAUUUGAACAGAAAAGAAAUCCAGAAGAAAAACAGGAGCUGUUGCAAACAGAAGGCAAUCAAUGUGCUAAAACAUUUAUAAACUUGAUGACUCAUAUCUCCAAGGAACAGACUGUUCAGUACAUCCUGACUAUGGUUGAUGAUAUGCUGCAAGAAAAUCAUCAGCGUGUUUGCAUCUUCUUUGAUUAUGCAAAACGUGGUAAAAACACUGCGUGGUCCUAUUUUCUGCCAAUGUUGAAUCGACAAGAUCUCUUCACUGUGCAUAUGGCAGCAAGAAUUAUUGCCAAACUGGCUGCUUGGGGGAGGGAGCUUAUGGAAGGCAGUGACUUGAAUUACUAUUUCAACUGGAUUAAAACUCAGCUUAGUUCACAGAAAUUACGCGGUACAGGGGGUUCUGUGGAUACAGGAGCAGUCUCCACAAGUGAUAGUUCCCAGUAUGUACAAUGUGUUGCUGGAUGUCUGCAGCUGAUGCUCAGGGUCAAUGAAUACCGCUUUGCUUGGGUAGAAGCAGAUGGAGUAAAUUGCAUCAUGGGUGUGUUGAGCAACAAAUGCGGUUUUCAGCUCCAGUAUCAGAUGAUUUUCUGCGUGUGGCUGCUGGCGUUUAGCCCUCAAAUGUGUGAAUAUCUCCGUCGGUACAAUAUUGUCCCUGUGCUGUCAGAUAUUCUUCAGGAAUCUGUCAAAGAGAAAGUAACCAGAAUCAUCCUUGCAGCAUUUCGGAAUUUGUUAGAGAAAUCUACUGAGAGAGAAACUCGCCAAGAAUAUGCUCUUGCCAUGAUUCAGUGUAAGGUUUUAAAGCAGCUAGAGAAUUUGGAUCAGCAGAAAUAUGAUGAUGAAGACAUCAGUGAAGAUAUCAAAUUUCUACUGGACAAGCUUGGAGAGAGCGUGCAGGACCUUAGCUCCUUUGAUGAGUAUAGCUCUGAGCUCAAAUCAGGAAGACUGGAAUGGAGUCCUGUGCACAAAUCUGAGAAGUUUUGGCGGGAGAAUGCUGUAAGACUAAAUGAGAAGAAUUAUGAACUACUCAAAAUCCUGACAAAACUUCUGGAGGUUUCUGAUGAUCCACAGGUGCUGGCUGUAGCUGCUCAUGACGUGGGAGAAUAUGUACGGCACUAUCCCCGUGGGAAACGGGUGAUUGAACAGCUUGGUGGUAAGCAGCUGGUCAUGAACCACAUGCAUCACGAAGACCAGCAAGUUCGUUAUAAUGCACUACUGGCUGUGCAGAAGCUGAUGGUUCAUAAUUGGGAAUACCUUGGGAAGCAGUUGCAGUCAGAACAACCUCAAACGGCCACCGCACGGAGCUGAACACUUCUGUCAGUUCAUGCAGUUCGUGCUUACAACUAUGGUGUGUUUGUCUUAAAAUGAAUAUAAAGGAAAUACUGAAAUCACAUGCUCUUUGUCUGCUAUGGGUGCAUAAACAUUCCAACUUUCCUCUAGUGUUGUUGGCUUACUAAGAAUUUGUUUGUUCAACUAGUUCUGCUGAUUAUGCCGAUUAGCUUCUUGUUCUAUUCUGAAUGUAUAUGAAGAAAUGUGGCUAAUAUAUUGCAUUUGUUUUAUGUAUUUAUUCUCAUAAUAAAGACUAUUAUUAAAGGAUAUUCAUCCUAUAAUGGAUAUUCUAACUAGCCUAGAAAAACUGUUCUCUUCUUUUAGUGGACUAUCAGUGUUGUCACUUUCCAAGAAAAGCAAGUUGUCCUCUUGUGUCUCAGACAAAUUAAUAAAGCUUUGGCUUAGUGUUUCAUAGAAAGUGCAAUAGCCUAAGAAAUAUUGAUUAUCAGUACUAAAAUAUAUACCAAGUCUCAAAAUAGUGUUAAAAUUGUAUAUAAAAGCAAAUGUAUGGGUAGGGUUUUUUUGGGGGGGGCUGGGAUAAUUCUCUGGUUAGAAACUACAUUAAAAGAAAUCUGUAAAUGAGAAAAGAAAAUGAGCACUCCUCUGUUUGUGAACACAUACCCUCAUGCCCUCAGGUUAUUAGUCCAGCUGUGUAACACCAGUGGUUAAAACUGUAGAUCAGAUAUCAAGUUGAAGGUAGUUUGUUUUUUUUUCUUUUUAUGUGCACUAACUGCUGAACUUGUAAUUUAAUGGAGUUUUUCGUUAUUGAAAAUACUUGUAAAUGAUUCUAAAAUCUAUUGUAUAUUAAGCCAGAUAAUUUGGCUAUCAAUAUUUUCUGUGUUUUGUAGCUUCUGACAGUAUAAAAUAUGUAAUCAAUAAAUUUAAGUUGAUCUUGGCUUGGCAUAUGAAAACAGUUUUGUUGCAUAGAUAGAAGCCUGGCUCCAGGCACUUGCAACACCAAGCAGUUAAUAUUCUUGUGAUUCAUUAUUAGAAUUUUUUUAAAAAAGUGAACAUAACUCAAUCCUUAAUCUUGUCAGUAGUCAUUUGAAGUGCAAGUCUCUGAGGAAGCUUAGAGUACUUUGUCAUCAAGUGAAAAGACUAAUUGGGAAAACUUCCUUUAUCCAGCCUGGAUUUGCAUCAUAUCUAAUUAAAAUUUGACUACUGUUGCAAAGGAGAGAGAAGAAAGUUAGAGGACUGCAGGUUGAUGAUGGUCUGCUUAAUUAAAAUUGGACUGUGUGGCUUAAUGACUGUUGCUUACUUUGACUGUUGCAUAUAGAAGAUGAAGGCUUUGAUAUUGCAGUCAGUAUCACCAGGAUAGAUGCUGAAGCCUGAAAAGAAUUAACCCUCACUCCAACUAAAAUCAGUUUGUCUGAGUCGAUCUUAACUCAGCACUGCAUAUUUCCACAGUGCUGAGGGAUACUGAUGGUGUGGGAAGCAGUUGGGAGAACAAGAGUGCACCUACACUGCCAUUCUUAUCUUGGGGCAGUUGAAUGCUCUUGAAAUGAAUCUCUGAGCCCUCCCUGCGUUUUACACUUCAAUUUACAUUGCAUGGUGGUGUCAGCCAUGAUGGGCUUCUUUUCCAAUAAAGCUGAAGCUCAGGAUGUGCAUCCUGCAUGAUGUACAUCAUACUGCACAUCCUGUGUGUCUUGGCUAUGUGGCAAGUGUUCAGUCUACUGGACCAUUUAAGAUUUUGUUUGAAGUAUGGCCAUUAGAAAUGCAUGUGGAGUGAAUGUUGAAUUAGCACCAAGUGUUUUGCUCUACAAAUCUGCUUUUCGUGUUACACUUUUCAAUGUAAGCAGGGCCUAAGACUACUAUAAAAGAUUGGUCCUGUGGUUACUGCUGUAAUGUUGGGUGCAAGAACUGUGACAUAGCAUUAAUGGGAGAGGAAUAUGUCCCCACCUUCAAAACCAUGUGUGUUGUUUCCUUUUCCAAAGGGAACACUUAAGCACUGCUGUGUAAGGAGGUCUGGGGAAUUGCAGGAGUAAACACGAUAAACACUACCAGUGGAAACCUCUUCAAUUUCUGGAGGAGCUAGAAAUAACCAAGUUAUUCAUAAUGUGAAACAAAAUUGCUUACAGGGGUUGACCUGAAACAUCUGAGUAUUAUUUUCAUGUAUUAUACAAAUAAAUUCUCCUCUUCUGCUUUGCUAGUAUUAUCUUGUACAUAAUUUAAUUCUUCAUCAGGUGGUGUGUUUCUAAACUGUGUGAUACCUGGCAUUCUCUGACAUUUAGUUACCACCUUGUGUCCAACAGCUUUCUAAUUAAAGAAAUGGUUCUGAAGUUUCACUUAUAUCUGUAUAUGUUAUUGAUGCCCUGGUGCCUGUGAAACCUGAAAGCCUGCAAGCUCUGAGAUUUCCAGCUGUCAGUGGUAACAUUCAGGUGGCCCAAAGAUUGGAUCUGAGUGAGUUCCUGCCAACAAUUUUACCUUGAGAAGCCUGGAAACCUGCAGGGGAGGGUGUUAUGAAGGACUUUGCUUUGCAGCCAGUAAUUUGGACUGAAUUUGCCAGAGCUGAGAUUUCUGCAGGAGUCUGCUUAUGGUGUCCUGCAUGUCCUGGGGAGUCUUGGCAUAGCAGGGAGCUGCAGAGCAGUUUCCAGAUCCGGGUUCUUCCUCUCCCAUCCCAUGGCUGGCCUAUACUUGCUGGCAGUGAAAGGCCUUCAUCCGUGAUCCCAAGAGAGAAAAGAGGACAGAACUGUUGAGCUUUUAACCUUUGGAAUCCAGAAACCGAAUCAACCAAAAAUUUCGUUAAAUUUUAAUUAAUAAAACUUUCUACUG